UCUUGAUACCAUCUUCAAGAUCCCCCCUUUGCUCAGGCUUCCCCAAGACACCAGACUGCUGCUGCAGACUUGCCCACAUAUUGCUCUGUCCUGACUGACGUUGUUUAGUACCGAGGAGACGCGGAUGAUGACUCCUCCGACGAGGAACAAGAGGGCCGGACAAUACACAAUGCCUACGACACCAUGUUCGAGAACAGCGACGGUUUUCCGUUCGUUGUUGGCGGAUCAGUGGCUAGCGUGACUUCCGCCCACCCCUCGCCAAUCCAGAUCUUCCAGUUAUGGCAGUUUUAUAUCAGCAAUGUCAACCCUCUACUCAAGAUCACGCAUACGCCGACGUUGCAGGCUCAGAUCAUCAGUGCUAGCGCCAACCCAGCCAAGAUUUCCCGACCUCUCGAGGCCCUCAUGUUUGCCAUUUACUUCGCCGCCGUAACCUCCCUGAGCGAAGACGAGGUCCACAGCACGUUUGGCGAAGACAAGGCUAUCCUCUUAGGGAAGUACCACAACGCGACCCAGCAGGCGCUUAUCAACGCCGGCUUCAUGCGCUCCUCCGACUUGGUGGUGCUGCAGGCAUUUUUCCUGUAUCUGCUGUGUGCUCGCCCAUACGUUGACCCCCGGUCCAUGUUUUGCCUUCUCGGUAUGGCAUUUAGGAUAGCCACCCGCUUAGGCCUCCACCGAGAUGGAUCCCAGCCAGGCUUGUCGCCGUUUGAGGCGGAACAGCGGAGGAGGCUGUGGUGGCAGAUCGUCGUCUUUGACAAGCGCAUCGCAGAAAUCACCGGGUCGACAGUGACGGCCCUCUCAUCUUGCGCCUGCGACACAAGAUUGCCACUCAACAUCAACGAUGCCGAUCUGAACGUCCAUGCCAAAGGGCAGCCAGGCCCGUACCCCGGACCAACCGAGAUGAUUUUCUGCCUGACUCGCAUAGAGCUCACCGUGGCUGCGUCACCUGAUAGUAUCCGGCGGACCAUCACCACCCCCGGAGGUCGGCCGUUACACCAACCCAUGGUGCAUUUCGAGCCCUCCCCCUCUUCCCCCGACGUGGUGUCACACGCGGCCAACCAAAGCCUGCCGGACAACCUUGCUCAGUUCUGCGCCUACGUGGAAAGCGUGUACCUCAAGCAGUGCGAUCCCAAGAUUCCGCUCCACUACUUUACCCUUCUCAUGACACGUCAAGCGCUGUGCAAGCUGCGCAUCAUUGAUUUCCUCUGCAGGACGGCCAAUGCGAACCACGUCGACCAAGGCGAGCGCGACAGCUAUUUCAUGGAAGCCCUCCGCAUGGUUGAAUAUGACAACGCCCUUCAGAGCUCGGAUAUGCUGCAGGGCUUUCGCUGGUACACGUACGCCCACUUCCCCCUGCCUGCCUACCUUUGCCUAGUCUCAGAACUCCGGCACCGAACCACGGGCGAGCUCUGCGAGCGUGCCUGGAACGUCAUGAUCGAGAACCACGAGCGGCGCGGCCUGCUGCGGCGCCUCAACCGUAACCCCUUGCACAUCGCCUUUGGUCACUAUUUUCUUAAGGCUUGGGAUGCUCGCGAGGCCGCAGAGUUGCAGCUGGGCCGUUCGCUACCCACGCCAAAGGUUGUUACGCUGCUGAGGGCAACGCUGGCCAAGACGAGGCGGCCGACUUCGGCGCGUAAUCGAGAGCCCAAUACUAUGACGAUGGGAACGCCGAGCGGGAGCCAGCAAGUUCCCGUCCAGCCCGCGAUGGCCCCCCGAUCGACCGAUUCACUGGGGAUGGCAUCUGUUGGUGAAAUGCAUACGAUUCCGGGAGGCAUGCCGUCGACUGGGAUGUACCACAGCAAGCCGAUGCCACAUUCCACCACGGCGACGUCGACUACGUCGACGACGACAACGCCGUCAAUGGCUGGGAUGGGCGCCGGCCACACCAUGAUGAUGGAUGACUCGAUGAUGUAUCCGGGAUACGACAACGUGGCGCCUAUGUAUGCUGCGCCGGCGUCAAUGCAGGACCCGGAGCUAGGCGGUGGCAUAGAUUGGGAUUAUCUUGUUCAGAUCACGUCGUUGAGCGGCUUCAACCCUGCAGGUAGCUACUACGUUCAGCAGGGCACAGGGACUUAGCAAACGGAUACACGAGAGAUCCAAGGAAGGGGGCCCGGGGGCGGUUCGGCCGAAUGGGACAGGAUUGUGGGUUCGUAGUUGACGGCGUUAGCGGGCCCCAAACGAUCGAAAACCUACGGGUCCUUGGAAUCCAGGCGCUGGCGUCUUUCUUCUUUAGACCUAUCCGGAUAUUUGGAAAGAGUGUG